AUGGACCACGGUCGCAUGCCCGCGUCGCUGCAAGUUGUGUCGUCGAAGGAAUCCCGUACGGAACUCCUGGCGUGGUUGAAUGAGUUGCUCCAGAGAAACGCCGCUGCCGGUGGACACUCCCUUCCGCGGCUGCAUAAAGUGGAGCAGUGCGGCAACUGCGUACCGUAUGUGCUGCUCCUUCCUUCACUGCUGCCAACGUCGUACCCGCCGCUCACGACGAAAGCCAAGACAAACGCCAAGCAUGAGUUUGACGCCGUGGUAAACUUAAAGCUUUUUACGGAUGCCCUGCAGAAGAAUGGCAUUCCGCGACCCGGUCUGCUGACCGAGGAGUCGGACAAGAUUAUCAAAGGGGCCUACCAGGCGAACCUGCAGCUGCUGCAGUGGUUUCGCGGUCUCUACGACGCGCUUUCACAGAGUAGGGGGGAAGGACAGGCGCGGAACCAUUCAUCGGGAAAGUCACUGGAACACGGCACCGCGGGAGCGUGCGGCCGAACGGGGAGCACGCAUCUGCCGAAAGACCACGAAAGCCAGCCGAUAGAAGUUGACAAGACAUCAACUGCAGUCACCGUCGUAAAGGAAAAUUCAUUGAGGUCGUGUAGGGCUCCAUCGGUUCGGGUAGGCGCGUCCUCGCUGCCCCCCUCCGCACACAGCCAAGAAAGCGCUUCCAAACCCGUUCCAUUGACAAAAAAGACGGCAACUUCCUUUCAUGAUCCGUUGAGUUCUUCAGACUCUCGUCCUUCCGUCGCGGGAAGGCAGGCAUCGCAGGGGAGAGCAGGUCGUGUCUCCACUGGCCGCCACGACACCACAGUGCGGUCCUUGUCGGCGUCGAAGGAUCGACAUGCGAGCACCGCACGAACCCCCUUACGCAGAUCAGGGGAUGGUGCAGCGAUCACACGCCCCGUGUCGUCGAUGUUGCGAAGUAGUAACGGCACAAAACGCCUGGAGGCCGGACGAGACCCGGUCGCGGGACCGAGUGGCAGAAUGGGCGGCAAAGAAAAGAGUCUUGCACGCCCCAACGGUGCAGACUCUCUGCAGGCCGUGGCAGCAAAUUCCACCACCACCAACACCACCAAUAACACCAACACGCUUUAUGCAUCACGUAAGAGUAGCGUCACCCGCCCUCUUCUGGACUGCAGAAACACGGACACCAACGGUCGCUUCGUCUCCCCCAUGACGGGGAAAAAACGGUUGACGGCCCCACACCGUGGGCCUAAAUCACCGUCCUUGAGUGCCUCGCACAACGCACAUACGGCGUUGAUUCAGGUGGUGGAGACCGAGACGCCGGCGCAUUCUCGCCAUGGCUCGCAGUCGAUGAGUGAAUGGGGGAGUGACGACAGCGCGACGGCGUCUGAGAUGCUCAUAAGGGUGAGGAAUGAGAGACAGUUUUAUUACGAUAAACUUCGUCAAAUUGAGAGUAUCGUCGGGCCGUUGGUGAAUAAAAGUGAGACAUCAAGGGAGGUGAAGCAUUUAGCUCAAUCCGUGUUGGAGGUGCUGUAUGCACUAAGUUAA